AUGAGAAUGGGUAUGAUAAUAAUAUCUUUAUUAUGGAGAUGUCAAUUUGCAUAUUUAAAAAUUUUGAAAAUUAAUUAAGUCAUGAGUACGAAUAUGAGAGGGUUGAAUACAUUCAUCACUGACAUUCAAGAGAAAAGGGUGGAGAAGGAAUUGUAAAAGAUAAGAGGCAAAUUUACAUCUUAAAAAGGAUUAGCUAGUUAUUAAAAAAAGAAAUACGUUUGGAAAUUGCUGUACAUCAAUAUUUUAGGUUAUGAAGUCGAUUUUGGAUUAUAAGCGUGCGCUUUCUUGAUUAAUUCUUCAAAAUUUAGUGAGAAAUACACAGGAUAUGUAGCCACUUCAAUUCUGGUGAGUGAAAAAACACAUGACUCACCCACACAAGCAGCGCAUUCGAUAAGAGUUGAUCUACAAUCUGCAUAUGAAAUAAUUCAAUCAUUUGCUCUCACAAUGGUUGGAACAUAGGCACCAUAGGAAUUAGUCAAUGCUUUGCAUUAAGAUGUUUAGAAAUUGGCAUUGACAGAGCCUAGAUCAACAUUCCAUGUUCGAAAGAAGGCAUUUGCUUGCUUACUUAGAAUGUAUAGAAAAUAUCAAGACAAAUUCUAGCCAUCUUAAUAGGCUUAAGUUAUAUAUGUGUAACUUAUACAAAGAUACCCCACAUUAGGAUUUAUGACUGCUGUUACUUCGUUAUUGGUAGGAACAUGUUAGUUAGACAACCCAUCCAUAUUUGAAGACUGCACACCAAAAUUGAUUAAUUUGCUUCAUAGAAUUGCCAUUCAAAAGGACAGCCCUGUGGAUUACAAUUAUUAUGCCACUCCUGCUCCAUGGUUACAGGUAAAGAUUUUGAAGGCUCUAUCAUUCUUCUCAACACCUCCUCCUUCAACUGAUUCUCAUCGUUAAUUGACAGAAUGUUUGACUAAAAUUAUCAAAAAAAAAAACAGAAAUCAUGGCAUUCUAUUCGAAGCUGCGAAUCUUAUUAUAACUUAUAAUGGAGCAUUUGGAAUGGAAUUGAAGAAUGAUAUUUUGAAAUUGCUCGGUAUCUUCAUAUCAGUUAAAGAACCAAAUUUAAGAUAUUUAGGAUUAGAAACAAUGUGUAAAUUUGUCAAACUUGCAGGUGAUACUUAAGAAGACCAUUUGAAUACUAUUUUUAAAUCUUGA